AUGUCAUUUGAGGAAAAGAGGGCCCAAUUGUUCAGCAUCGGGGAGCAGCUUUCUGGGUCUCCAUACCCAGCAUGGGUACUUGGUGCUACGCUUUUAUCUAAAGGUUUGCUUGUUUCGCGACCAAUGUCCUAUCCGCUGGGCACUUCUGGAGGCUCUUUCAAGUUGCAUCAAAAAUUGGUAACAGCAAAGCCUACAAGGGCAUCAUGUCUCACAUUUGGCGUGGCUCAGAUGCUUGGUGGCUGGAUUAUUUAUGAUGGCGAUGUUAGUAAUGGGGCCGGUUUUACUUUUGCGUGGUCAACUCUUUAUCUUCUUGUAAACGGAAAAUCUAGUUUACAUAGCUUCUUUAAGGGAAGAGUUAGUCCAUUGGGCAUCGGCUUGCUAGCCGUCGGAAAUGCUACGAUUUAUGGGAAAAGGUUUUUUUGGCCUUAG